AUGGCAACGUUGUUCGCUGAAAGGGGUGCACAAUGGAGUGCAGUGUUGAACUCUGGCCAACUAUUUACAGAAAACUGCAUGAAGGUGAUGAAGGAAGAAACACUAAAGUCCAACACACAUCAGGUGUCAAUUUUUGACUACCAGCAUCACACUUUCAGUGUAAAAGAGACAAUGGACCAUGGUGAGGGGAAGCCUAUGGGACGUUACAAGGUCAACCUACAAGGUGGUUGGUGUGAUUGCGGAAAGUUUCAAGCUUUUCGUGUUCCUUGUUCACAUGUUAUCGCUGCGUGUUCCAAGAUACGCCAGGACGCAUACGGUCUUCUGUCCACCGUUUACAAGGUUUCAAACCUAUUUGGGGUUUACAGUAAUAGUUUCCCAGUGCUGCCAUACGAUGCAUAUUGGCCCGUUUUUGAAGGAGAUCUACUAUGCCAUAAUCCUAGCAUGAGAAGGAACAAGAAAGGUCGCCCAGUAAGCAGGCGUAUAAGAACGGAAAUGGACACAAAUGAUACGUUGGAGAGAAAAUGCACCUUAUGUCGUCUUCAUGGUCACAACCGAUCUCGAUGUCCCAACGCCAGAGCUACUACCGAUUAG